AUGAACGCGCCAGCGCGCUAUGAACUGUUCGUGUUAGAUGAAGGCGAAAGACCCGUUGAGGUGAUCGAGGAUACGAAGAUUCCCAAUGCCGCCACAAUCAAAGUCAUGAAGCAGGACCAUACGCUCGGAAAUCUGAUCCGCGCACAACUGCUCUCCAUGCCACAAGUCCUUUUUGCUGGAUACAAGGUUCCCCACCCGUUGCAGCCCCACUUCCUCAUCAAAAUCCAGACGGAUGGCACCGCGACGCCCACCGAAAUCUUAGAGCAGGCGUGCAACAAGCUCAUCCAGAUGAUGGUUUCCCUGGAGGCCAAAUUUAAGCGCGAGUUUAGUUUCAAAGAUGUGGACGGUGCCGUCGCAGAGGACCCGUACGGGACUGUGACUGCAGGCGGUGCCACCUGGACCGACGGGAGGGACUACUUGGAUUUCUGA